ACAUGUGGACUCACAUGACAUGCGGAUUACUAUAAAAGCCUUAAUACGGUUGCAAGGAAAUCAUACCACAUCCAGGUUACGAGACGUAAACUUACAAGAUGUUGAAGCUAUUCAUUGUUGCUUGUGCUAUCGUAGCUGUUCAUGCUGGAGGCUUGAUUGCUCCAGCAAGCUAUUACAACAGCUACUACAAUGGAUACAGCUCAUAUCCCGCCCAACCAGCUAUCUCCAGUCAGCAGGCAAACAUAAUAAGAUCACCGUAUAAUCUGGGACAGAUAUCAACGUAUUCAAAAGCAAUCGACACUCCGUUCUCAAGUGUUCGUAAAGCGGAUAUUAGGGUUAGCAACCCAGGGUUGGCAAUCGCCCCAACGUAUCGAACAAUCUCUUCGCCGAUUUUAGCACCGGCUCCAUUGGUGGCGCCCAAAGUAGCAACAGGUCUACUGGGUGUAGCUUAUUCAGCCGCUCCUGCCGUGUCACACAUGACAUACACAAAUGCACUUGGUCUGAACUAUGCUUGGUAAACAAAUAUAACGUACUAUACAGCUAAGGGUUCCUCUUUAUUUAUUACCUUGUUAUUAAUAUGAAUAAAUUAAAAUAUGUACUUAAUAAAUGUUUAAAAAAUGUGA